CACAAUGAACUAAGCUAAGCCGGGCGAAGACUUUCGACAAUAUGCUAAUAUCCCGAUCAAUCCUCUCCUGGCCCUGCCAAUUUGCAAUAUAAAGGAGGAUAAUGAGGAGCAGGCUCGUUAAUUCGGCAGGGCAAGAUCAUACACCAUCUCCCAGUCAUCGUCAGUAAUGGCGUCUGCCGGAAAGGAGGAGCAGGUCAGCGCCACCCCGACCGUCGACGCCGGCCAAGCCCGCGCGCUCCUGAGCUCUGGCGGCCACGCCUACCUCGACGUGAGGUUGCCGGAAGACUUUGAGAACGACCACGCCGCCGGCGCCGUCAACGUCUCCUACUACCUCGCCGUCACUCCCCAGGGCAAGGAGAAGAACCCAAAAUUCGUGGAGGAGGUAGGCGCGCUCUAUGGGAAGGAACAACACUUGGUUGUGGGUUGCCGCACUGGCGUGCGAUCCAAGCUUGCGACCGCAGACCUCGUAAACGCGGGGUACGAGAACGCGAGGAGCCUGCAAGGCGGCUACCUUGCCUUCCUCCAGAGCGCAGCGGCGGAUCAGCAGCCCGCAGCUGAGCAGGAGUAAGCUUGAGCAUGGCCGAGGAAGAGCGAGAGCUGGGAAUGCUGUUCAUCCUUGUGGAAUAAGUUUGGGAUCGCCCAGAACCUUUUUACGUUUGUUUACCAUGUUCCCGAAUCUCGAUGACGUAAAGAUAUGAAAAAUGAUUGCAAACCAUCUACGCAUUUAUCUGCGUCCGUUUGUGAUUUAUACUAAUCUUAAUAUUCUUUUAUAGUA